GCGAGCACGGGGUUGGGUCCACGGCUGGCGCUGCCCGUCACGGGGCUGCGGCGCUGCGGCUGCUCCCGCGCCCGGCGCCCUAUCUCCUGGCGCUCGCCUUUCCUAGAGGGGAAGUCGAGGGCGGGAGAGCCCGAUGCCGAGGGUUUCGGUGGAAGGGUCGGGCCCGAGAGUCGAGAAAGGUGCGGCUAAGCCCCGGGGAGGGCAGGCAGGCAGGGCGUCAGCCAGGGCGCGGGGCUUUGCCGGGAGUGAGGGGUUUGGCAGUUGUCGCUGUGCCGGGGCGGCGGGCGCGCCCUGCCCGGCUGCCUGCGCUCUCCGUCCGCAGGGCUGUGGGCGCAGCUGAGGCUGGUGGAGGCCGGCGGAGGGCUGCGAGCACCCGGGGACUCCGUGCUCCUCUCGUGCCGUGCAUACGGCUUCACAUUCGAGACUUAUGAAGUCCUCUGGUACCGUCAGGCACCCGGUGGCAGCAUUGAGUGGCUGUAGUACAUCAACUAUGAUGCUUCACUUAUUAAACUCGGGCAGUCAGUGGAGGGUCGAGCCACAGUGUCUCGUAACAAUUCCCUCUCCGAGUCAUCUUUGUCCCUGCCUGUUCUGCACCCCCGGGACUCUGCCCGUUACUUCUGCACCCUUCUCACGUAGAAGGAAGUCGAAUUGAGCUUUAACAAAAACCUCCUGCUUCCUUCCUUAUCUAACUCUGCCAUAGGCAUAACGUGACAGGGAAGGAGAUUUUUUUAGGAAGCAGCACAGCAGCAAACAUCAAAGAGUUAAAAUCUAAAAACAGAAAGCCAAAGAAUAGAAAGCCAGAUUUGAAAUGGGUUUCUAAUCGUCAUGUUGUUGAGGCAGCACCAAAGCACUAAACCAAAUGAGUUGAAUUGUAGAGUGUCUUGUCCUCUGGGCAACUCCCCAUCCCAUGGCUGUGCUGGAUCCCCUCCGCAAAUGGUGUUGUUGGAGCAACCAUUAAAAGCAAGAGGAGGGAAAGGACUAAGUCUGUGUAGGGUCAGUGUGCAGUGGGCAGUGCUCCCCAAAAUGGUGGCAUCCAUCAAAACAGUAACACUGUAUCAGGGUUCAGUCAAUGUCCCAUCAUGUGGCCGUAGGGGGAGCUCUGGCAUUCUUUUGAGUAGAAUGGGCAUAGAGAAGGGAUUGUCCCUGCCCUGCUGAGCAGCCCCAACAGCCUGGUCCCCACUGAGUGUUGUGCACAUGAGUUCUGGGGGAAGAGCUGGUGGGCAUGAGCCUACACAUCUACCCCAGACAUUCAGUGCCAAGGAUGCCCAAGAUCUCCCCUGCCUUUGCUGCAUCUGCUGCUGGAGAGGUUUGGAAGGGCUGCAAGGGGAAGAGGCAGAUGGAGAAGGGUCAGCAUGGAGUGAGUGGAGAAGCAGGGUGCUGGGCUGGAGUGGAGGUAGCAGGGUGUGGGGCACAUCUGCCUAGGCAUGCCCUGUGCAAUUGUAGCUGGGCUCAGUGGUGUCCCAUCCAGGAGCAGCAGGUGAGCAGCACCAAGGGACAGGGGACCUCUGGAAGGACAGCUUGCCACCCCCAGGACAACCUCUCAAGUGCCAGCAGCUUCCUGCACUCCUUCCUCAGAGGAAGGUUGGGUUGGCCUGAGAGCACCAUGUCGCCUUUUGCCCACCAGAGGUUUUCCUGCCAAGCGAGCGCUCUGUUAUUGCAGCCUGCAGGGUGAGGGACACCCAGGAGGGCCCCAACACCUUCACCUUUUUCUGUUCCUCCAGCCCCCACCUCUCUCCUUCACUGUGGUCAUAGAGUGGGGGAGGGACUAGGAGGGACAAGGACUGUCAGCAGUGACAGGUCCACAGACAGGAGAGAUGUGGGCAGAGCUGUUCAGCAGGCAGAGAGAAGCCGGAGAGGGCCGAGACAGAGCGGGUUUGGCCAUGUGGACUGCGGUGUUCAUGGGGUUAUUGCCCAUGGUAGCAGUGACUGGCCAGAUGGUCUUGAAGCAACACACCCGGAGUCUGGUUGUGCGAGAGGGAGAUGGAGUCACCUUCCAGUGCAGCAUGAGUGGAGACAGUAUGAGCAGUUUUGGAAGAAAAUGUGGUUCUGGAUGCCCUUAUGGGAUUGCACACAGGGAUAAUUAGGAAAAAUAUACAGCUUUUACUCUUCUGUUUUUAUACCACUUUUGAAUACCAUGAGGAAAGAGUUAUUUAUUGAACUAAGUAGUAGCAGUGUGGGAACAUAUAAGCUUGUAUUUGGAAGUGGGACCACUCUCACAGUUGAACCAACCAGUCAAAAAAGUUCAGUCCCAGAAGUCAUUGUGAUGAAAUCAAAGAAACUGGAGGAUGAUGGCAGAAUUGGGAAAGCAGCUUGUUUGGCAAGGAAUUCCUAUACAAAGACUAUCAGCUUGGAGAUGUCCUCUAAUAAGGUCGUAUAUGAAAUAAAUACACCCAUUUUGACAUCGGAGGGGUUAUACAAUGCUAUUCAGGUGGUCAAUGUGACAGAAAGCACAGAGGUGACCUGCUCGGCCAAGUUCAACAACAGCACCAUUACAGCCAGCACAACAUCAGCAGAAGAGGAGGCUGAAGAACCAGUAAUAGAGAAGGUUUGCAACACCACAGACACCUCUGCACAAGAUAACAAAGUGGAGAAAGCAAACAUGUUGUCUAUGGCUGUGUUGGGUUUGAGAGUCCUGCUGGCAAAAAGCAUCGCCUUCAAUACACUCAUGAGUAUCAAGUUGUUUCUUUUCUGAGAUGGUGGGGAAGCAAGGCAACAGCGAUCUGAAGAACAGCAGGAGAGAACAUGUACCCGCAGCACAAUGGGUUCAACAGCCAAUAUCAAAUCUGCUGACAGUAACCAUCCGGAACACAACACAGCACCCUCCCCUUUAGACAUUUUAUACUGCUGAAUCCUGCCUAGCUAGUUUAUUUAGUUUUAAGAGUUGCAACUGCUUUUGCUAUUUCUUUUUCUCUAUGAACUGAGAGCAGUGUAUUUUUCCUCAUCUCCCUGCUAGGUAGAAAUUGAUCUCCCCAUUCUUCUAGCCUUUGCAGCCAACCUGCUUCAAUAGUUCUAAAAAAUUCAAACCUCACUCUGGAUGUGACCCUUUUAAAACACCUUUUACAGCCAUGUUGCAUUGCUAUCUGUGGAACUCGUGUUACUGCUGAGAGAAUUCAGGCACAGUAGACGCUAUUUAUAACUUUAAUGUUUUUUAGAUAGCUUUAAUAACAAUAGUUUUCUAGUGUAGAUGAGAAGAUCUGUGUUGGAUCUGAAGUGAUUCACUUCAACCAGAUAAUGUUCAAACAUAGGAGUAUUUCUUUAUUAAACCUGUAUUUCUUCUGCAAAGUGUAUGGCACAUGCAUUUUUGGUUAUUGCAGUAGUGACCGAAAUAAAGUUUUACUAAACCAUAA